AUGUCUAUUGCAUUUAAGGGUGUAGAAAUUAUAUUUGGAGGAGUUUGUUUUUUUGUCUUUUAUCUUUACUUUAGUAGUAUUUAUAGUUACAAAAAAAAUAAAAAUACAAAUGAAAAAUCAAUUUCCAAUGGUAGUGAAAAAAAAUCUCUGUUAGUAAUGCAAAUACCUGAAUAUGAUAGUACUCGUAAACCACCUAGCUCAGAUACAACAUGUACAGAUAUUGGAUUUCCAGUAGAAAAUGGUGACAGUACUUAUAGAUGUGUUGAAAGUUUACCAGUAGAUGAUGAAAAUUCUCAAAAAAUAUCAUGUAGAAAAGAUAUGCUAGAUAAAACACCAAUACAAGAGUAUUAA